AUGCAUUCGCUGGAGCGUGUGACCGCACGUUGCCUGUUCGGCAUCUACUGGUGGAUGGGUCUGGUGCCCCUGCCGCUGAGUUCUCAGCUUUUAUGGUUGCUGGUUGCUUUGCUUGUACGUUGCAUUUGGCUUGGCUACUAUCUGAUGAUGCUGUACAUUGGUGUCUUGUAUUUAUGGAAUGAUAAGGGACUGAACAUCAGCUACAUCAGUGGAACGACUCUUUUCAUAGGCUACUCAUUGCUGGGACUGCUGAUACAGGCGGAGAGCGCACUGAAGCAUCGAACCUACGCGCGCUUUGACAUUUUGCGAGUUCAGUUGCGACUACGGAUGCAGCGUCUGGGCAUGUCGCGGGGCUGUAGCCGAGCCUGGCGCCUGCUACUGCUGCUGGGCACACAGAUCGGCAGCGAUGCGGCCAGAUCCUGGGCCAAUGCACAUUAUAGCAUAUCACCUGUACACAUUAUUUCCCUGCCCCAGAAGUGGCUGCUGCGCCUACGCUACGUCCAGCUGCUGUGGCAGGUCAUGGAGCUGAACCAGCGUGCCCGCCAGCUGCGCCAUUCGCUCCUUGGCCUGGCCGCUGGCAAUGACCUCUGGCAGCCGUACGGCUCGCAGGAAUGGCAGCAGCUGCAGACGCUGCGACUAAGCUUUGACCGCAUCUACGAGUGCUACGAGGCCUUCAGCGACUGCUACGGCUGGGGCAUGCUGGGGCUGCAGAUGAUGUGCGGCCUGGAGUUCGUGUCGAAUGCCUACUGGAUAAUCACGGAGGCCUACAUGACACAGCGGGUCUACAUGCUCAUCUACAAUGGCAACAGCUGCUUUGCCAUGGGCACACUUAUCGUAGCGCUCUUCUGGUAUGGCGACGCAAGUGCCAAUAAUUGUCUGAUUGCACUCUCAAUGUUUGUUACGGUGACCCUAGCACAUGGCAUCAUUUUACUGGACACCUUUCUGCAGCGUCGCACACAUCGCCAGCUCGAACUGCGUUUGGAUGUUUCCCGUUUGGAAGUACAGAAUCAGCGACAUGUGUUGCUGCGCGUAUCUGGCGUCGUUGUGCCCUUUCUGGUGGUUCACAGUCUGAUCGUCUGGUCGAAGAUAGGUCUCGCGUCGCAGUGGUAUACGCCAAUCUUUUGGUUUGCCUCGCCCAGUGACUGGGGUGUGCAGCUGAAGAUGAUUGCGUUUCUUUCGGACGUCUUGUUGGCCAAUGAGCGCGUUCUCUGUGUGCAACAAAGCCUGAAGCAGCUGACCCGACAGCCCAACCACGGCAGACAGUCGCCGAGUGUGGUGUCAGUGAUCAGAUUUAAGGAAAUGUACCGAGAGCUGCAUCACCUGUUUGUGCAGCUUAAUUUCGCUUAUGGCAGCAGUUUGCUUAUUAUUUUCAUAGUAUUAUUCUUCAACUUUCUGUUCAACUCCUUUUGGCUAGUUAGACACACACUGACCCGGCUUAAGAGUCCAGUCUAUAUAUACAUACAUUUGGGCUGUUUACUCAACCUAGGACUGCUGCUCUCUGCGACCUGUUGGCACUGCCAGCAAAGCUUUAAUCAUAGUCGCCAGAUCGGCUGCUUGAUACCCAAGCUAGUGAACCCUAUGGGUAGCAAGCGCUACAACGAUUUGGUCAGCGAGUUCCUGUUGCAGACUUUGCAUCAACGUUUUGUUGUGACGGCCAAGGACUUUUUCAGCCUCAAUUUGCACCUGCUAAGCAGUAUGUUUGCCGCUGUGGUUACUUAUCUGGUUAUUCUCAUACAGUUUAUGUUUGCCGAGAAAAGCUCCCAGGCUACACCCAGGCCGGAGAAAAUGACAACCAAUGACUAA